AUGAUUAAUUCUGCAAAGAAAUUACAAUCUGAUGAAUUUUCAACAGCUACAACAGAUUCUAAUAUUUUAGAUCAAACACCCCUACUGUCACAAAAAUUGAAGUCAGGAAAUGAAAGCGAAUUUAGUGCAAAAAAUCGUAUGUGGGAAAGUAUGAAAAGUUUAAGUCAAAAUUUUAGCAUAACAGGAAGUCAACAUUUAAGUCGAACUUCUGAAACUACAAAUAUUGCAAAAGAUGAACAGCAAUCACAGCCAUUUAUUACAAUGGAAUCAUUAACAGCUAUUGAAGAUAAUAUGAUUGAGAAAAAUACAAUCAAAAUCAGUCAUCGUUCAGGAAAAAAAAUUGAGAACCCAUCUCUUAUAUCGUUAAGCACAUUUUCAAUUUCUUCUCGAUUACAAAAGCAUGAUGACCAUUGCAGACGACAGCAUCGUAGAAAAAUGUGGCAUACCCGAAGUAAAUUGAAAAAAUCUGAUGAUAAAAAGAAUGAGGAAAAUUUUCUGGAACUUUUGGAUGAAUAUAAGCAAAAAAAAUUCGUUUUAAAUUGUGUAUGUAAACAAACGCGUUGGAGUUGGUUUAAUAAUUUAUGGGAAAUUAUCAAAAAUAUUUUUCGUUUCAUUCGACAAUUUAUUUGGUGUUGCUGUUGUCCACCAAUUUUAGGUUAUUGUUUAAAUAAGAUAGCAUUUUGGCCACCACCACGUGAAUAUUACUUUUUCAUUGGUGGUAAUGCGAAAAAUAUCAGUAAAAGUGAUCGAGAACCAUUAACUCAACAAUGUAUCGUUCGUAAAGCUAAUAAAAAUUGUCUGAAGCGAAAAGAUUUGAGAUUUGGUUUCGAGCAUCAAUGUGCUACUGAAGUAUUUGGAAUUGAAUGUUUUGUUACAGAAACAGAAAAGAAAAAUCAUAUUGCUUGUGUAUUUGUCAGAAAAGCACGACCACGUUAUACGUUGUUAUUCUCACAUCCAAAUGGCAGUGAUAUAUCCGAUCACCUUGUUGGAUUACCUAAUUUGCAUGAUGCAGCAAGAUUUUUCAAUUGUAAUAUAUGCUCAUACGAUUAUAGUGGCUAUGGAAUUAGUGAUGGUAAUCCAAGUGAAAAAAAUAUGUAUUCGGAUAUUACUGCUGUAUAUAAAUAUCUUUUGGAAGAUUUAUCAAUUCCAGAAACAAAUAUUAUAUUAUGGGGUUAUAGUAUUGGUACAGUAGCAUCGAUAGAAUUAGCUAAACAAGCUAAUAAACUUGCUGGCUUAAUACUUUUAGCACCAAUAGCAUCAAUUAUACGAACAGUUUGUUGGGGAAAAUGUUGUUGGAGACGAAAUAAGCAAUGUGAUCAUUUAGCUAAUUGUUGCGGUGAUCGAUUUAAUAGCGUCAAAAAGAUAAGCGAAAUUGAAAUGCCAACAUUGAUCGCACAUGGUGUGCAAGAUAUGAUUGUGACAGUUGAGCAUGGGAAAGCAUUGUAUCAGUUAUGUCCUGGGGCUGUAAAGCCAUUAUGGAUACCUGAUGUUGGCCAUAAUAAUCUUGAAAAUAGCUCAAUGCUAUGGCGCAGAAUGAGAAAAUUCAUUGAUAGAGAAGCACGACCACCAUUACAACGAACAAAAUGUAAAUCAUUGAAGAAAGAUAUUCAAAAUAGUAUUGAUUUACUAAAUGAUUGUAAUCAUAAGUGUGAAAGAAAAAAUUUAUUGGUAUAA